UUCACCAGAGGCCCCAAGUUUUCCGGGUAUCUGAGUAUAGUAGAAUUUGCGCCAGUUUCAUGAUGGCAGCUACGUGGAGCCCAGCUUUGCAGGAUUUUUGUUCAUACUAAGAGUUUAUUCCAAUAGUAUGUGAAACUGGACGCAGCGCAUCAUUUAAAUUCGGCCCUGCAGAAUGUCCAAGAUCAGGCGGAAAGUUACAGUGGAAAAUUCAAAGACCAUAUCAGACAGUAGCAACAGCACGACCACCCCUUCCCGUAGGCCCAGUGUGUUUGAGAGACUCGGCCCCAGCACAGCCAGUAAUGCUGCAGAGACUCAUUGUAGAAACUGGUUAAAGACUGGAAACUGCAGUUACGGCAACGCAUGUCGGUACACACAUGGAACUCCGUCAGAAGGAAAAGGCUUCUCUGGAGCUUUCCACAGGUCAGCCGAGAGACCCACUGGGGAUCUCCGAGAGAGGAUGAAGAAUAAAAGACAAGAUGUAGAUGGUGAUGCGCAAAAAAGAGACACAGACGAGCCCACUUCGCCCACAACCAGACAGGGAGAUUCAUCCCGACGAAGACACAGAGAGAAAGAGGAUAUCAAAAUCACAAAGGAGCACACACCAGCUAGUGAAGAGGAAACCGCAAGCUGGGAAGCCAGUCGUGAAGAUUCUGAUAACGGUGAUUACGAUUACGAGUUAUCGCUGGAGAUGAAGAGACAGAAAAUUCAGCGUGAGCUGAUGAAGCUGGAGCAGGAGAACAUGGACAAACGAGAGGAGGUCAUCAUCAAGAAAGAGACCUCUCCUGAGCACACCAGUUCUAAGGGGUCACCCUCAUCCCGCAAGUCUAGCGGCUCACCCAAACAUAGAGCUGCUGGGAAGGGUGGGACCUCAAGCAAGAAAGAGAAGUCCUCCACUUUGGUCAUUUCUUCACCAGUGUCUGACCAGACAAGGACAGCAGAGUCGGACAGCAGAUCAUCUAAGAGUAGUCAUAACAAACGUAAGGGGCCGCAGACUCCAAGUCCUCCUCCCCCUGUCCCUGCGGAGACCCUGGUGAUUGUGAAGAAACACAAAAAUAAACACAAAAACAAGGAGAAAUCUGAGGACAAGUUUAAAGACGUGAAAGAAAGAGGAUGUGAAAUAGAAAAACACAAGGAGAAAAAAGAAAAGCGCAGGGAUCGGUCAGAUAGUUUCCGCAAAGCCAAAUGUGCAGUAACAUCAGAGGACCUUUCUGAAAGCAUUCCUCUACCUUCCAGGGAAGCAUCACCCACAGCCAAAAGAAGGUCAUCCUCCCCCAAACUCACUUCUCAAAAACAAGCUUUACAACAGAGGAGUAGAACUCCACCAUGUCACCGCCGCAGCCCCUCCCCUCAUUCCAGACAACAACACUCCCCCUCUUCACACUCUGGCUCCUCCACCCAUAGACACUCCCCCUCCCCUCGCCACAGAUGUGAUUCUGUCUCUCCCCUGUACCAUCGAGACAUUCCUAAUUCCUCGUCAUUCUCACCACCUCCUAUCCAGUCCUCGCAGCGCUCCCAUUCUCCACGCAUCACUCACAGAGAUCCCUCUGCAAGCCCUGCCCCUCGCAGGUCCAGCUCCCAUCAACGAACACAGGCCAGAGAGAGGGGUAGGGUAGACAGAGACAAGAGUCCUGUACAGCUGGAGAGGCGCCAUGAGCGCAGAGAUGAAUGUCCUGGGAAGCGUGAGAAGGACAGCAGUCGUGAUGAGCGAGACUACGACAUUGAACUGAUUUCUUCACGCGAUACCAGAGACAGUCGAGACCACCGUGGAGAACGAGAUAGACGGGAUGCCCGGGACGAGCGACAGCCCCGUGGAGAGUUUAAAGACAGUAGGGAUGCCCAUGCAACAGAAACGCGAAACCGCUCUGGAAGAGAAUCCCAGCAGCACAGAGACAAAGAACGUGACAGGGAAAGGGAGAGGGAGCGAGAAAGAAAUGAAGCUCCUAGAAAAGAGGAUACAACAGCCCAAGAUGAAAGGAAUUAUGGAAGAGGCCAUGGAAAGGAGGAAGUAAAAAAUGUGAGCAGAGCGGAUAACAAAAAUGAAUCUCGAGCUGAAAGAACAGGGAGAGGGAGGGGACGUGGAGCAGAUGCUCAGGACCACAAAGGGUAUGCUCGUGGUAACAAAGCAUCACAGGCUGACACUAGCAGUACUUGUGAGCGUGACAGCUGGGAGUCCCGGGGCAGUUUCAGAGAGAGGAGUUCUGAAAGGAGCAGUAAUCGUGAUCGUUAUGACCAUGAUAGACAGAGAGGAGAACAAGCCAGAGAAGACAGGAAGGUUGGACAUACAGAGAGAGAACACCGUGACAACAGAGAAAGAGAGCAAAGGGCACCUUCUUCUGGCCGUGUUGAGGACCUUGAGCGUGAAGAAAGAAGAGAUGAUCGAAGGAAUGAUCGAGGGGAGGAGCGCAUUCGUGACAGGGAGAAGGAGAAGGAUAGAGAGAAAGAGAGGGAAAGGGAGAGAGAGAAAGAUAGAGAAAGAGAGGCUGACAAAGAACGUGAGCGAGCCAGGGAAAGGGAACGGGAAAGGGAGGAAAAAGAAAGGGGACGUGAGAGGGAGGAGCGAGAGCGAGAGAGGGAACGAGAGAGAAAGGAAAGGGAGCGCGAGAGGGAGCAGAGAGAAAGGGAAAGGCAGAGGGAGUGGGAAGAAAGAGAAAGAGGAAGAGAAGAGAGAAGAGAUAGAAGGGAUGAGUCUCGAGACGAUCGCUCUGGCCGAGACACUCAAGAAGAGAGGAAGAACACCCGUAAGAGACAUCGUACAGAGACCACUCCCAGUCCACGGCCAUCUCCUAAAAGAGCGCGUGACGUCAGCCCUGCAGACAGUGAAGGUUACAACAGCACUGAAGAAAAAGGAGAUAAGCACCGACUGCUAAGUCAGGUUGUUCGUCCUCAGGAUACCCCCCAUUCCCCUGUCCACUUGUUUACUGAUGAAAAACGCACUCGCUGGAAGGAUGAAGACCACUGUGGUGAUAAACACGAUAGCCGCGGCCGACACGAGGAGGUGGAUUACCACAGUGAGAGAGCAAGGAGAUUACCAGAGCGUCGUGGAGAUCAAGCUCCAGAUGGUUCUGCUAACACAAGCGUCUGUGACUCUAGGAGGGCAAAAGAGCAGAGAGAACUACCCGUUGCUGCUCUGAUUCCCUCUGCAUUAGUGGAGGACCGAAACCCUUUUUCUGCUAUUCAUGAGGAGGGCAAGAAAAAGCCUAAAUGUCAGAGGAAAAAUCUGAAAAAGAGCCAUAAAGAGGAGGAUGGGCCAACUGGUGGAGAGGAACGUUGUAACCUUGAGGCCCCAUCCUGCUCCACUGUGGCCAAGGCCCAUCAGCAUCUUUCCCCACGCAAGACACCCAAGAAGAAAGGUUUAGAUAGGAAGCGUAAACGCUCAGGUGGUGUCGAGUCGGAUAUUUCUGAUGAUGAGCUAGUAACCCAGCACCCUGUCAUUAAGAGACGACAUGGUCCACAUACACCCCCAUCAAUCAAGAAGGACGACCUUGCAUCCCAAAGGGCCGUAGCUGCUGGACAGGGUUCUCACACAGCUAAAAUCGAUGCUAGCUUCAGUGACUGGUCUGACGAGGAUGUACCAGAGCGAGGCGAGACCUCUGCUGCUCAGCUGUCUGAGCGGCCCCAAGAGCGAAUGCUGUCGUCUGAGAGGCCCCACGGGCGGUGUACACGUGGUGGCGGCAGGGACCAUACAGACCCCCCCAUUGCCCCUCUGCUCCCUGAUCCUCCAAUGUUGAUACAGUCUCUUCCUUUACAGCCAUUAUUGCCGCAACACAUGCUACGCAAACCACAGCAGGCAGACAAACAGCAGCACAGUAGUAUGGGCAGCAACCAAAACCGGGCCUCAUCGAGAAGACUGCGCUCAUCCUCUAAUGAGUCGGCUCAACGUGAUGAGGCCCAGCAGGGACCGAGGUCUCGAAGAGGACGCAUGCUGGGUGCCAGCUCACAUGAUCGGGACAGAGACCGAGAGAGGGAACGAGAAAAGGAAAAAGACAGAGAGAGAGCAGUUGCCAGUGAAUACGCAGGAGGAGAAAGAAAAUCGAGAAUUGAUAAGCUGCGAAGAGGAGAACCCAGCCGGAGUACAUCGUCAGACCGACAGGACUCCCGAAGUCAAAGUUCUCGUCGCAGUUCACCAGAGUCUGAACGUCAGGCUCGCUCAAGAGCCGGAUCCUAUGAAAGUCGGGAACGUGACCGAGAUCGUGAUCAGUUGGACCGGGAGCGUGAGAGAAAUCGGCAAAUGCAAAAUCAGCAACCCCAACAACGGGAGUGGGAAUCAGAACCUCGUGAUUGGGGUGGCCGGGCACUCCGUGGCAACCGGGAGGCAGUUAGAGAGCGGGACAUGAGGGAAAGGGAGCGGCUUUUACCUGAAGGACCUCUGGCACAUGACAAGAUCGAUCGAAACCGUGGUGAAAGAGAGAGAGAACGGGAAAGGAUUCUCCAAUUUAACCUUCAAACUCACAGGGAACCAAAGAGCAGAGCUGAGGUAAAGAUUGAGCGAGUAGAGUAUGAGCCACUAUUGCCAAGAGAAGCCCUUAUAGAUGUAGAAAAGCCUGUUAAUAUCUCAAACCUGCAAGGGGAAGCAACUCAGCCUGAGAAAAUGGAUGACCUUGAAGAGGAGGAUGCAAAGGGGGAUGAUGGACACUCUGUGUCAGGUGGUGAGGAAUAUGAGCCAAUAAGUGAUGAUGAACUUGACGAGAUUCUGGCAGACAGUCAAAAGCGGGACGAACAGCUAGAUGAUGAAAAGAUUUCUGGGCCCGUGGAUGUGAUUGAUGUAGAUUGGUCCAGUUUGAUACCCAGGCAACAACAGGAGUCCAGAGCUCCUGGGGCAGCACUGUUCAGAUUCACACCAGGGGCUGUGCUGCUCAAAGCAGGAGUGUCCAGAAGUUUGGCUGGGCCUCAACUUCUGGGCAAGGUUAAAGAGGUCUGCUCUAGAGAGCUGAAAGAUCCUAAAGAUACUGAUAAAAUGUUAGAGCAUGAUAUGGGAGCUCUAAACAUGGCUGCAUACAGCAGAAGAAUGGAAAGGGCCAACCUGCUAAGGAGUUUAAGCCAUUGCUGCAAGGCACUGUGUGCUCGCCGGGAUGUUGCCAUACGCAAACAUUUGCUGAAAAAUGAAAGGGGCACAACCAAGCAGAUCUACACCAGUGCUCCAGUUGUUGACAAUGAAUUAAUGACACUGUGUUUGCGGCUUUUUAAAAAGAAAAUUUCUUCCACCCUGUCCAGUGGUCAGAAGUCUGAUUUAGGUUCUGCAUCCCAACAGCUCAGCACACCGGCAGAGGUGUGAGUUUCCGGAGCACGCUUUUUUUUUAUUACAGUCCAGAUGAUUUCAGAAUGCUGUUAACCUGUACAUUCACUGAUGAUUUAAAACAUUAAACUACUUUGGAGUCAGCCCUGAAAGAUUGCUGCCACGCCCCUUAACUCACAUAGCCAUUUUAACUGGAAAUGUAAGCCAGUGGAAAAUACAGUCUAAAGUGUGGUAAAGGUGUAUUUUAUAAAAUUUUGUCAUUUACAUUUGUUUUAGAGAAUUUUGUUUCUUCUGAUAUGUGAACAACAGUUGCUGAAUGUGCAGCAAGGUGUACUAUGGGCACCGAAAAUGUACACAUGCAAAGUGAAUUUGUUUUGUGUAUCUAAUGUAUCUCCCUGUUUGUCUGAUUUGUUUUAAAACAUUUGUGAUAGCUGGUUCAGCACUUUUGUUCCUGGUUGUUCUUUGUUGAAUUAAAACAACAGGCUUCAAAAUCAAAA